UCAGUUGCAGCUCGCGGCGGUUCGUUCACUGUAGCCUCGUGAUGAGUUUGUGUGUUUGAUGAACCAUGGCGCGUGACUCGCCGUUCCAGAACAGUCUCGACCCGGUGAGAAAGCUGCCGGUGAGGACAGGAGUGACCGUGCUGGUGACCGUGGUGUUGUUUAAGUGUGUGUUCUCGUGUCCGUGUGUGAGCGCGGAGGAGACCGCUCUGCACUGCUGGCUCUACCUGCUGCUCCCGGUCUCCGUCAUGGCGCUCGUGCUCAGCCUGGUGGACUCGCGGCUGCUGAGGCUGUGGCAGUGUUGCGCGUGCAGGUGCGGCGCGCGGGCGGAGGGCCGGUGCUGCUGCGCUGAUGGUUACUGUUACACCCCGAGCCAGUGCGGGGAGGAGGCGGGUUACUGCUGCUCCGUCACAGCGAGCUACGUGAUCAGGGUGUUGUGCGCCUCGGCGCUGUGGCUGGUGGUGGCGCUCAUGGACGGGGACUGGUACGUCUGCAUCCGCACUGUGACUGUGACCGGCAGCGGACAGGACCAGCUCGCCUGCAAGGACCUACCCAGUCCAGAAGAAGCAGAAGUCCUCAGGAGAUACAGCAGUGAGUCGCGGAUUAUUGCUUUGCUCAUCAUUCUGGGUCUUUCCCUCCUGCUGGUGGUACAUUCCUGCAUCAUGAGCAGACAGAAGCCAUACUACAAGUCUGUAUUUGAGGCGUACGUGGAGCAGGAGACGACAGCCAUGCUGGAGGAGAAGCUGCACGAGCAGGCUGUGGAAAGAGCGAAGCUUUUAAGUGAGAGUGUGUUACACGGCGUUCACAGCCGGCACGAGAACUGCGGACUGGAAGACGGAUACAUUCGAUACCAAGCGCUAGUGGAGACAGAGGAGAACAUGUGGAGGAAAAUGUCAAACCCGGCAUUCCAUCUUCUGGGAGUGAGGAUCCAUUCCUGAGGAAUCCGAGUCAUCUAUGUGUGAGAAAAUGUGCACUGAUAAACAACCUAAACCACUCGAGUGAAAGGAACCUGUUACAAACAUUUAUGACUUGUUUAUUGCUUUUCUCAGAUGUCACUUCGGUUCUAGACGUAAUGGUGUGACUUUCAUCGCAAAAAUGUAGUUUUCCUUAUUUUUUUGCUGAACCUUAAACACAAGAAUUUCAAUGAAAUAUGUCAUAUUAGAAAAACUUUCUAAAGACUUAGUGGUGUCAAACAGGUCUCAUAUGCAUUCUCACAACUUGUUUGAAAGGUUUAAAAAUAGUAUCAUUGAUUCAAUUAAAAAAGUGUCAUGGCAUGUUGUCUUGCUGAUUGAACACAUUUAGUGUUUUGAGAUGGUUGUCUACAUGUGGUUAGACAGUUUGACGGACGCAUCCCUAUAUUAGAGAUGCACUGAGAGCACUUUUAGUCAGACCACAUACAAGUAUAUUCAUCUGGGUACUUGCUGAUAAAGAGUAACAAUAUCGGUACCUGGCACCGUCCCAGGGUAUAUCGUCAACUGAACUUUUUGUAAAGGCGCUACGUCUGAGGCACAUCGCCAAAUACACUUGCUUAUAGUGUGUGAACCCUAAAAUCUAAGACUCUUUGUGAAGUAAAAUCCUCAUCAGUAGCUUCCCAACUUAAAAUGUUUUAUUUUUAUUUUUUUAAGUACAGAAAAAUUAUGUAUUAUUACACACCGUUGUGUUUACUAGAAAAUCCCUAUGCGUUACCAUACAGUGCCUUGCAAAAGUAUUCAUAUCCUUUGAACUUUCCACAUUUUGUCAACCACAAACGUAAUGGAUUUGGUUUAUAGGGAUUUUAUGUGACAAACACAAAGUAGCACAGAAUUCUGAAGUGGAGGGAAAAUGAUAAAUAGUUUAAAAAUUUUCACUCUUGUCCCAGGUUGUCCCCUGCUUUGUGCUCUCAAGUUUUUUUUGGUUUUUUGGAUCGGCCCCCUGUGACCCUACACAGGAUACGCUGUACACGAUCCCCUGGUUAUCAUCCCUACUAAGAACCGCAGGUUUAUCAUCAUAGAUCUUGUGAUUUAUCAUUAUCACAAUAUUGGUCUUUAUGGUAAUAUAUUGACAUUUUUAUCGAGUUGUAUGAGUUGCCUGACCUCUCAGCGAUCCCGGUUACAGUUUAAUGGCACGAUAACAUGAUUUCCAAAAAAGAGUUAAGUGAAUGCAGGAACAUGAUUUUAACAUUGGUUUAUCAGCUCAUUUUAUUUAAUGAGUAUAUUUAGUCCUGUAGUCAUAAUCAAAAUAUGCUAUUUCAUUUAUUAGAUAUAGACGUACAUGUAUAUCACAGAACAGCGAAAUGAUUAAUCUUGCUUUAAAAUGAGUUUCCAGAGUAACAAUAUAUUUAUGACUUUUU